UAUCUCACGCUCACUGAAUUAUACUUACUCCACACUCUCUCCCUCUCUCUCUCUCUCACUCACUCUCUCACACCACACACACUAACACAUGGCAACAGAGCAUCAGCCGCCGGACUCCCAAAUCUCCACCAUCCCACCACCCACCGCCACUACCACCGCCCCCACUCCGGACCCACCCCCCCUCGACCACCCCGCACCCACCACCACCGCCGCCACUAACCCCCCUAAACGACAGCGCCGCCCCAGCGUCCGCCUCGGGGAGAUCGGAGGCGACCCACCGUAUGAAGCUCACCAGCGAAGGCCCAACAAAACGUGGCGCUUUCACAAAGACCCGUCUUUUGCUGCUAAAACCUCCAAAACACGCCCCCUGACCAACCUUGUCAACGGAGGAGGCGGAGGCGGGGGCGGAGGCGACUCCAAUUUCCAAGAUUCCGUUGAGCUCUCUGAGAAUUAUGUGGAUUUCACUCACCGGAAGCCGAAAAUCAAGAAGCCCACAAAAAGGGCUCGCACCAAUUGGAAUAAAUUUGACUCGACCGCCGUUAAUAAUGGAGGUGGCGGUGGAGGAGCAGGAUUAAUUGAGAGCACAAAUUUUUCACCGGAAGAAAAUGAGAAUAAUAAUGAAGUUUUCCGGGAGUUCGACGCUGACGGUUCUGAGAGCCCUUUGCUAAAAGAGCAGCGAAGCCCAAUUAAUUCUGUAGAGAACAUGGGUUUACAGUUUUGGGAUCAACAGAGAAGGGCAAGUCGAGCCCGGGCUUCCGAAAGCAAUGGAGUGCAUCAUAAUGAGGUUAAUUCGCCGGAGAAGCAUAAUGAAGGGAAUGUCGGGGUGAGAGAGUGGUUAAUUGGAUUGGGGUUGGUGAGAUACGCCCCCGUCUUCGAGAUACAUGAGGUGGACGAUGAAGUUUUACCAAUGCUAACGUUGGAGGACCUUAAGGACAUGGGAAUCAAUGCAGUUGGUUCGCGGAGGAAAAUGUAUUCGGCCAUUCUCAAGCUGCGGAAAGGGUUUUCGUGAGUUGUUAUGUGUUGUAUGAGUUGGUUUAGUAGUUUGCCCUUUUGUCUCCUCAGCUUAGCAACUUAAGUAAUAAUGAUAUAAUUUUGUUGUGGUAACUUAGUUUUGCAAUUUGCGCUUCUUUAUUUUGGCUUUGAUGCUGUCUUAGUUGUUGUGAAAUAUAACUGUUAAUGUACAAAAGAUGGGAAACAAAGAAAUAGACUUGGUUAGAGUAUAAAUCCUUGAGGCAUUUAAAUUAAGUUUUUGAUAUUAUGGAA